AUGUCACUAACGAGAAAAAGACAAUUGCUAGAAGUGCAAAGUUUGCCCAAAAGACAACUGCACAAGUAUGAGCCUGUGGCAAAACUUUUUAGCGUAAAACCAGACCAGCCACACUUGCUCAUACCCAAAAUUCCACGGGGUAUUGUUGUGGGCCGGAGUAGCUCUUGUGACAUCAAAAUUACAGGAGGCGACGUGUCUUCAAAGCACUGUCAGUUUUCCUUGUCGAGCACCAACGGACAAGAGUUUCUCCUUGUGACCGAUACCAGUACAAAUGGUACCUUUGUUAAUGGAGAGCUGCUCGGGAAGGGUAUCAGCGCGCUCCUCCGUAGUGGAGACAAGAUUUCUUUCGCCCGAAGCAGCACUUACAUAUUUCGCUAUGUAGGAGACGAGCUGGGCAACGCAAAAAAAUCGUUCUUUGACGAUUAUAUCUUACAGAAUCAGUUGGGAACCGGUCAUUAUGCCGUGGUACGAGAGGCGCGGGACCGCACCACUGGAGAUAUUGUAGCGGUCAAAAUUUUUCAUCCCAACAAAACUAAAUCAGGUGGGAUUAAUCCUGAUGGAGGCGAGGAAGCCAAAUUACGCCAAGAGAUGAAUCUUUUGUUGUCGACAAACCACCCAAAUAUCGUGAGAUUCAUUUCACACUACGUCGAACCUAUCAACGAGUUUUCUUCGACCACUUACCUAGUCUUGGAGAAAGUAAACAGCGGCGAGCUCUUUCAGCGUAUAAUCAACAAACUGAAACUCAGACAGGACGAGACAAAGGCAAUAUAUAAUCAGCUUUUAUCUGGCUUGCACUAUCUACACGGAAAGAACAUUAUCCACAGAGAUAUUAAGCCUGAAAACAUUCUUCUCGAUAUUACCCCAAGGUCAGCAUCAAACUCAAACCAAACUGGCCCAUGGGAUGACGACGAAUACGAUGUUCGUGUGAAAAUUGCUGAUUUUGGCCUUGCUAAAUUCAUCGGAGAGCUAAAGUUUACCAAUACAUUAUGCGGAACUCCCGCCUAUGUUGCUCCGGAGGUGCUCAACAACAAUCAAAAUUAUACGACGAAAGUGGAUAUUUGGCUGGCUGGAGUAUUGUUGUAUGUUUGUCUUUGUGGUUUUCCGCCUUUCAGUGAUGAACUAGGUCCACCAAGCAUGCGCGAACAAAUCCUCGGGGGAAAGUUUGCAUUCUAUUCUCCUUAUUGGGAUGACAUCAAAGACAGUGCAUUAGACUUAAUUAGCAACUUGCUUCUUGUUGAUCCUCUGCAAAGAUACGACAUAUCCCAAUCGUGCCAGCACUUCUGGUUUAGUGAGAAUGACGACGACAUCAAACACAGUUUUUCUUCCUCAAUGAGCAAUAAUAGUCUUCAGCCAGUGACUUCAGCGACCGCGCCUAUCACGCUCAAGCAGAGAUUCACUUCGGAGCUAAAUUUUGGGAAUUGA